CUAGAAAAAUACUAAAUUUGAAUCGGCGAGAGCGUCACUCCGAGCCGAGCUGCGCCGACCGCUUCCGAAAACGCCCGAGAACGAUUUCGAUACUUGUGCCGCCAUCUACCACUUUCCAUCAGAAUUAAAAAGUAUCCACUCCGUAACCUCUUUUGCAAUCUUACUCAAAACACUGUUUAUCGUUAUACGAAAUACGCAUAGUUUUCAUAACGUAGACAUUGAUCUCGAUGUUGCAUCUCACGGAUAAUCGAGGACGACAUUAAGAAAGAAUCGGGGCAGCAACUCGGUACACAGAAUUAAUCAGCAGGAGGGAAAUUUGUGGAGUCAGGACGGUGAAUCCGGCACUCGUUUACCGAUCAACUGUACACGAUGCCUAUAAAGUUAAUCGGUCGCACGACGGAUUUCAAGGGAAAGCCCUUAUGGGAAAUCGUUGCAAACUUGAAGAACUUUGGCGUUGGCAGACUCGUGAUAAGGAAUCGCUUUCAGAGAUAUCCCGAGCCCUGUUACAUGAAAAUACUGAAGGUCGCUGGGAUGCCCUUGCCCGACCGACCCUAUACCGACCGCAAAGUUAUAGCGUUAGUUGAGAAAGUCUUCCGUGGCAACCGAAGCUCGAAACCAGUGCAACUGGAUAGCUCGACUUACAAGGCAGAUUAUGUGUUGGUUCCUAAGGAUCAGGAGCAUAUAUUUCUUAAUAACACGAAGGUAAUGGAGAAGAGAAUCCUACCCAGGGUAACGGACUUUCCACCGUUAUUCUCACAAUUGAUAAUAAAUCAGAUGAAGGCAAAAGGCAUCGCAGUGUCCGCAGAGCCAAAAUUAAAUCUUCGGUAUAAUCUCGCAGCAACAGAUUUUAAGAGUUACAGAGUAGCUGAGGAGAGUGAAACCCCAACGGUGAAACUGAACUUUAAGAUGGACGAGUCUAGUUCACUUUUCCCAAAGCCAGAAGAGACAGCAGCCUCGUGAGGUUUUACAUUUAAUGUUGAUAUAUAUAGUUGUUAAGAAUAAAUAUUUUAUAAAUUAUUUCUGAAGAAAGAAGCAAUAAAUUACUCUAGGGAGAAAACAACGUAAAAAGAAAACAAUCCGAUUCUUAAAGCUCCAUUUCAUUGGAUAUAUAAUUAAAUUCGGGAGCGUCCAUUUUUUCUGCACGAAUGACCUACAAUUUAUGCAAGA